CCCUGUCACGAGCACCAUCCAUCUGCACAGAGAGCUCACGCGCCGCGGGCUGCUGAGUGCAGCGUUUGUUGCAGGUGACACUAACAAUGAGCGGGAUCGUGAAUUUUAAAAACUGCGGCUCUGUGCUGGUGACGGGAGCCAGCCGGGGUCUCGGGCUGCAGAUAGUCGACUUCCUCGCGAGUGGAGGUUUCUCACCGGGCAAGAUUAUCGCCACGGCCAGAGAUCCCGCGAGGGCGCAGAAACUUCAGGAGCUGGCACAGAAACAUCCCAACAUCCACAUCAUCACUUUGGAUGUAGUGAAGCAGGAGAGUAUCGAGAAGUCAGUGGAAGACGUGGAGCGGCUGGUACAAGAAGACGGUCUCAACUGUCUGAUCAACAAUGCCGGGAUCAACGUGGUGGCCGACUUUCACACCGUCACCGCAGAGAAGAUGAUAGAAAACUUCCAUACUAAUACUGUGGCUCCUCUAAUGAUCACCAAGGCCUUCCUGCCUCUGAUGAAGAAAGCUGCGUCCAGAGGAGGAGCAGCGGGGAGCAUGAGCAUCCAGAGGGCAGCAGUUAUUAACAUGACCUCUCUGCUGGGCUCUGUGGAGCUCAACUGGGGGGAACGGGCCAACAACUUCAAAUGGUACCCUUAUAGGACGUCCAAGAGUGCCCUAAACAUGGUGAGUCGCUGUAUGGCUGUAGACCUGGAGCCUGAUGGGAUACUCUGUAUGGCUAUACAUCCCGGCUGGGUCCGCACUGACAUGGGAGGGUCUGAGGCUCCACUGAGUCCAGAGGAGAGCGUUUCUGCUAUCUUGUCUGUGAUUGGUGGACUGACUGAAAAGGAUCAUGGCUCAUUUCUGAACUUCACAGGAGAGGUGUUGCCGUGGUGACCCUGAUUAUUAUAUAACGGAUCCUAAUGGCCAUUCAGCCACAGCUAUGCAAAGAUAAACAUAUCAGCGACUCAGAGUGCACAGCGUUAAAUCUUAGUUAAGUUCUACCUUUUAAUAGAAAUCGUGCAUUUUCCACCUGGAUGCGACGUCAUUACAGGAGAGCUACAGGGUUCAGUUUAGUUAUGAAGAGAUUACUUGAGUAUUCAAGUACUGUAGAAGAUGUGCUGUUUGUUGUAGCUUGUUUUUAGGCUGCAUUAUACAUGCAGUACGCUGUUAGGGAAGUGCAGCUUGAACUUGUUGCAAAAAUAAAAAAAAUAUGUGUUUACAUGUAAA